CUGGAAGUGUGGAAAUGUGGAAAUGUGGAAAUAUGUCUUCCUUGUCUUUGUCUAAUAACUCUGGAAGUGUGGAAGUGUGGAAGUGUGGAAAUGUGGAAAUGUGGAAAUAUGUCUUCAUUGUCUUUGUCUAAUAACUCUGGAAGUGUGGAAGUGUGGAAAUGUGGAAAUGUGGAAAUAUGUCCUCAUUGUCUUUGUGUAAUAACUCUGGAAGUGUGGAAGUGUGGAAGUGUGGAAGUGUGGAAAUGUGGAAAUGUGGAAAUAUGUCUUCAUUGUCUUUGUCUAAUAACUCUGGAAGUGUGGAAGUGUGGAAAUGUGGAAAUAUGUCUUCAUUGUCUUUGUCUAAUAACUCUGGAAGUGUGGAAAUGUGGAAAUGUGGAAAUAUGUCUUCAUUGUCUUUGUGUAAUAACUCUGGAAGUGUGGAAGUGUGGAAGUGUGGAAGUGUGGAAGUGUGGAAAUGUGGAAAUGUGGAAAUAUGUCUUCAUUGUCUUUGUCUAAUAACUCUGGAAGUGUGGAAGUGUGGAAAUGUGGAAAUGUGGAAAUGUGGAAAUAUGUCUUCAUUGUCUUUGUCUAAUAACUCUGGAAGUAAGGAAAUGUGGAAAUGUGGAAAUAUGUCU